AUGGCGCUGCUGUACCGCGCCACGCGGCUCAAGGACCGCGUCGACACGCACGUGUUCACCUUCGUGGUCACGCGCUCCGCCACGCGCGAGCCCGACCGCGAUGUCACCUCCAAGGACUUCUGCUGCGCGCACCAGCGCUGGGCCGUCGCGUUCAGCCGCUCCGAUACCUCGCUCGGAGUAUACCUCGUAUGGCGCGGCGCUUGCGAGGGCAUGCGCGUGUACGUGGACUUCACGUUCACGCUGCUCAGUCGCGACCACUUCACGGCAAAUGAGGGGUUCUCCGGGAAACAGGUCCGCUUCAACGCGGGCUGCGCGGCGCAGGGCCGCGGCCGGUGUGUCUCGCUCGCUGAACUGAGCACCAAGUUCGCGGACUCGCGCGGCGAGUUCCAGCUGGAGUUGACGAUGUCGCGCGUGCGCACGCUGUACUCGUGCGAGUUGCGCGCGCCUCGGCUUGACACGCCACCCAUCGCCUUCGCAGGGUUCGACUGGUCCGUGUCGGCUACUGGAGGUGCUGGCAAGGAGCCCCUAACUCUUCGCCUCGCUCGUCUCUCGGGCGAGGGCCAACGCUGCCGCGUGAGAUAUGCGCUCGCUCUCGGCGAAGGCGAGCGACGAGUUCACUCUGGGCCGCUGGAGUGCGUGUGCGACGCCGACGGGCGCACUCCGCCGUGGACGCCCAGGCCAGCUGCACGUUUGUCGCACAAGGGUAUGCGGCUGACCAUCGAGCUGCUGUGGGCGAGGGCGGUCGCUGAGCUGGCGGUCUCUGCUGCCGGGAGAGCUGCUACCUGCUACGAUCGGGAUAAACAGGCCUGGGCCCUGCGCUGCGACACGCACUCCGAAACGGUGCGCCUGCACAUGCUAUACCGCGACGUGCACCACGUGCCGCGCAACCACCUGCGGUACGUCAGCUGGUCGGCGUGGCUCGUACGCUCCAACGCGGCGCCUGGCGAGCCUGAUGCUGAGGAGCUGCCUGGAGCACCCUUCGAGCAUUACUAUGCGCAGGACAGCGCAGAUGAAGGUUUGAUGAUGGAGACUUCUCUUCGCGUGGAGGACGUAUCCCGUCCGGGGCCCUUCUUGCACCCGGGCGGAGAGUUGCGCGUACGCCUCGAAUGGGGCGACACUUACCUACUCUUCCAGGCCACUUACCACGUCUAUGAUGACUUGAUCCGAUUGCAUGCGCAUCAGAUGAGGCGAGAGAUCGCAGCGUUGCAGUCGGAAAACUAUGCGCUGGAGCGACAGCUGUUCAGCUACCAGAAGAGCCUGGCAUACGCGCAGGCGCAGGCGGGCGAGCCGGCGGCGGAGGCCGGCGGGCGGCGCUCCCCGGCAGAGCGCAGCCUCUCCACUGACACGGAAUACGCGUAAAGCGUCUGCGCAGUCCGCGCUCCCAACGCCGCCUGGGGCCACAAAAUGAUGAUGACAGCGGGCGGCGGGUAGCGGAUUAUGAAACAUAAUCUUUAUAGCCCUUGCUGGCGGUUCCAUGGUCGCCACAACUUCUGUCCGCUGUCAUAGAGUUUGCACCCCCAAGGCGCGCAUGCGCGAGUCUCGCUCUCUCUCUCUCGCGUGCUCGCUCGCGCCCUCUUCUAUCUUUUCGACUGACUCUGACGUUUUUGAGCGAUUUAUCUAUUUUUCUAGACGUUUUAUGGCGAGGUGCGCCUCGUCCGCACCGCUUCCCGCCGGUCGCCUGCACUCUCGCCGCUCGACUCUAUCGAUAGCCGAUUAUUAUACUCGACUACUUUUCUA